AUGCCGCCAAAGGGAAAGGACCAGCCUAAGGCCAAGGACAAGGUCGCCGUUGACAAGUCUUUUGGCAUGAAAAAUAAAAAGGGCGGCGCCGCACAGAGACAGAUCAAACAACUAGCCCAAUCGCAGGCUGGCUCCGGGACACCAGAGCAGAAGAAGAAGGCGGCUGAGAAGCUGCAGCGCGAGAACGAGAAGAAGGCUGCCGAAGCUGCGGCUCGCGAGGUGGCGGACCUCUUCAAGCCUGUGCAGAUCCAGAAAGUGCCGUUCGGCGUCGACCCGAAGACGAUUCUGUGCCAGUUUUUCAAGAAGGGGCAUUGUGACAAGGGGCGGAAGUGCAAGUUCUCGCACGACCUUGCGGUGGAGCGGAAGGGUGAGAAGCGGUCGCUGUAUACGGAUACGCGGGAGGGAGCGGAGAACGAGGAUGACGAUGUCAAGAAGAAGGAUGAUAUGGUAGACUGGGACGAGGAGAAGCUGCGGACUGUGGUGCUGAGCAAGCAGGGUAACCCGAAGACGACGACGGAUAAAGUGUGCAAGUUCUUUAUUGAGGCGGUCGAGAACGGGAAGUAUGGCUGGUUCUGGAUCUGUCCGAAUGGAGGCGAUAAGUGCAUGUAUAAGCAUUCGCUGCCGCCGGGCUUCGUCCUUAAAACCAAAGAACAACGCGCCGCCGAGAAAGCCCUCAUGGACAAAUCGCCCAUGGCCACCCUCACCCUCGAAGACUUCCUAGAAUCCGAACGCCACAAGCUCACCGGCACACUCACACCCGUAACCGAAGAAACGUUCGCGAAAUGGAAGAAGGGGCGGAUGGACAAAAAGCAGGCAGAAGAGGAGGCCAAGGCAAUGAAGGAAGCAACCGGACGCGCCAUGUUCGAGAAGGGCGACUGGCAAGACAGCGACGCGGACAGCGACGACGAGGACGCAGACGGCUCUUGGAAUCUAGAAGCCUUGCGGCGCGAGACAGAGGCCGCUCGGCAGCGGAAGGAAGAAGAGCGUCUGCGCAAGGCUGAGGGAGGCGAUCAUGGUGGCGGUGUCGUCCCCAAUGGCGUCGAGAGCAACGGCGUCCAGAAUGGAGAGUCAUCCGCGUCCGCAUCCGCAUCCAUUGCAUCUUAA